AAAAAAAAGAAAACUCCACUGCGUCUAUUUCUUGAGUCCAUACCUCAAAUCAGAGGCAAAAAUGGUUCACCAGCUGCAUGUAUUCUUCUUCCCCUUCUUUGCUCAUGGCCAUAUGCUACCAACCUUAGACAUGGCCAAAGUCUUUAGUUCUCGCGGGGCCAAAGCCACCGUCAUCACCACUCCUCUGCAUGCCCCAGUUUUUAACAAAGCAAUAGAGAAAUGUAAACAGCUGGGGUUCGACAUAUCCAUUCGUGUUGUCAAAUUCCCAGCCGUGGAAGCUGGCUUGCCGGAAGGAACAGAGGGCGCUGACCAAUUGAAAUCCGAUGACAUGCUCCCCAAUUUCUUCUUGGCAACUCGCCUGCUCCAAGAACCCGUGGAGCAACUCUUACAAGAAUGCCGCCCGCAUUGCCUCGUUGCCGACUUUUUCUUCCCCUGGGCAACUGAUUCUGCAGCCAAAUAUGGCAUCCCAAGAUUGCUUUUUCAUGGAUCGAGUUCUUUUGCAAUGUCCGCUUCUGAGAGCGUCUGGCGGAAUAAGCCUUACCGGAAUGUUUCCUCUGACGAUGAGCCCUUUGUUAUACCUGAUCUUCCUCACGACAUUUAUAUAACCAGAGGACAAGUAUCGACCUACGAGCGGCAGGAGGUUGAAAACGAGUUCACAAAGAUGAUGGAACAAGUCAAGGAAUCAGAAUUGAGGAGCUACGGUGUUAUUGUCAACAGUUUCUAUGAGCUUGAACCUGAUUAUGCUGAGCACUACACGAAGAAAUUGGGAAGAAGGGCUUGGCAUGUUGGCCCUUUCGUGCUCAUUAACAAGGAAGCUGAAGACAAAGCUGAGAGAGGCAAGAAAUCAGCUAUUGAUCAAGUUCAGUGUCUGGAGUGGCUCGAUAAGCAAAAACCCAAUUCAGUUGUCUACGUCUGUUUUGGGAGCAUGUCCAACUUCAACGCUGCUCAAUUACAUGAAAUUGCCAAGGGUCUUGAGGCCUCUGGCCAACAAUUCAUUUGGGUAGUAAGAAAUUGCGUGGACGAGGAAGAUAGCAAGAGAUGGUUUCCUGAAGGAUUCGAGGAGAGAACGAAAGAAAGGGGCUUAAUUAUAAAAGGGUGGGCACCUCAACUCUUGAUUCUUGGGCACGAAGCUGUGGGAGCAUUUGUGACUCACUGUGGAUGGAAUUCAACUCUGGAGGGCGUAUCUUGCGGUGUGCCAAUGGUUACAUGGCCCUUGUUUGCAGAGCAGUUUUUCAAUGAAAAAUUGCUGACGAAUGUCUUGAAAAUUGGUGUUGGCGUCGGGGCUCAGCAAUGGAGCAGACUCACGACUGAAAUCAUAAGGGCAGAAGCUUUAACCAAGGCAGUGGAUCGUAUUAUGGAUGGAGAAGAAGCCCUUAACAUCAGAGGUCGAGCAAAGGCCCUAAAAGAAAAAGCUAGGAAGGCAGUGGAAGAAGGUGGAUCUUCUUAUUCUGAUUUCAAUACUCUCGUGGAAGAACUGAGCACGUAUCAUCAUGCAAGCAAGAAACCAAGUCUAAGCGAGGGGGCAAAUAUUUUGACUUAAUAUGCAUUAUUGUUUUAUUUCUUCUUCUUUUUUUUUUUUUAAGUGCUAUCAGGUUUCAGUCCAUGAUAUAUAUUACGAGUACUUAUUAAUUAUUGAAGCCAAGGCUUUGUAGCGACAGACUGAACCGUUUGUGUACCCUUUCCUAAUUCUUUCAACUUUUUCUUCAGUCAAUUUUUAUUUA